AUGUCGUCGUCCAGCAGCCAGGUCCCCGCGCUAAUGACCUCCCCCGUUUUCCGCUAUGCUGUGCUGAUUGUCCUUUCUGUCGUGGUCAUCCUCGGCGCCUGCAUCUGUUACCGCACCCGUGUCUCCCAACGCCGUCUCCGCGCCUUGACGGGCACUCUCCCGCCUCGGGGCCUCGUCUCCCCGCUCGCACUGGGCCAGAAGCCGGUGCUCUACCAUGCCUACAUCCAGGAGCCGCCCGAGAAGCCGCGCGAAUGGGACUCGUUGAUGCCUGUUUCUGUCACCCGCGCCUCCUCGACCGCGCGCAUCUCCCUUAUGAUCUGCAUGCCCUUUUCCACCCCCUUUGCCAACCAGUCCCUUCCCGACGACGAGCGCCACCCGCCCCAUAUCGAGAUCGGGUACAUGGACGUCGCGUUGAGAGACAACGAGAACGAGCAGCAUAAGGGCUUAUAG